GCCAUGUUUCCGAAACACAAACAACAAGAAGAGCAGCGACUAGGAGCCAGCAGACACAUACUGAUACGCAGCAGCGACCGUUGGAGGAGAGGGGAAAAAUAAUAAAUAAAAUACAGAGCACGACUUUCUGAAAGUACGAUUCUGUCGAAUGAAUACGUUUACAGUGUUUAAAGAGACCAAUGCAUACGAUAUAUUGGCUGUAGACACACCGUGCAGACAACCAGUCUGGUAACGUUAGCUAUAAACAGUGAAGUGGUGCUAAGGGAGGAGGACAGGAAAUAAAGGAGUUACCUGGAGGGUCUCCGUCAAUCCACAUUUCAGUUGGAGCGAGAGAAAAAGGGACAGAGGGAGAGAGAAAAGUAAAGAGGAGUGCGAGUCGCGUCUGCUCUUGGCAGCUGUUCCAGCAGCCUGUUUCAGUGUUUUGGCUGUUGUUUCGUUCCUGCGUUACCUUUUUUGAUGAAUCGACUCAUAUUUUUAACUUUAAUGUGAGAUAUAACUGCUGUAAAAAAAGAAAGAAAAGAAAACAUUAUUACUAGCAAGAGUGUUUUAUUUUUGUUCUGUUGUUAAUUUCCAAGGUUCUUUUUGUUUCCUUUUUUUGUUUAUCAACCAUUUUUGGCUGUGAGUAGCAGGAGAUUCCGUUCUCCAAACUAUAGUCAGACCCCCUUCUUUACCUAGUUAGGACCUGAUAACCUGGUAUUCCUCAAGCACCUGAAACUGGCAGCUAUUCUCUUUGUGUCUGUGUGUUUGGGGAGCUCUGUGACCACAGCUUAAGCACCACUCAGCCUUCUAGUCACCUAAGCCUAACUAAAGCCAGCCAGCUCUAGCCUGGUCCAGCAAAGUCCAGCCUGCUCCGAUCAUCUGGACAGGAUACUCAGUUCUGUGUGGACGGGAGGAAUAUGACUGCUGAGACUCUUAACUUCGGCCCAGAAUGGCUCCGUGCACUGUCCAGUGGGGGGAGUGUGACGUCCCCCCCUCCUUCCCCCGCCAUGCCAAAGUACAAGCUGGCCGAGUACCGCUACGGCCGAGAGGAGAUGUUAGCACUUUAUAUCAAAGACAACAAGGUCCCAGAGGACAUGCAGGAUAAGGAGUUUGCUGCUAUUCUGCAAGAUGAGCCCAUGCAGCCACUGGCACUGGUGCCUCUCACUGAGGAGGAGCAGAGGAACUUCUCCAUGUCUGUGAACAGUGUGGCGGUGCUGAGGCUCAUGGGAAAAGGGGUGGGCGCGGCCGUCCCAGCUGGAGUGGUCCGAGGACGAGGGGCCGCUCGAGGUGGUCGAGGACGAGGUCGUGGUGAAGGAGGAUUCUACCAAAGAAGUAUUGAAGAACCGGAGGUGGGCUUCGGACGCAGCGGCCGAGAGAUACUUCGCAGCCAAAGCUGGGAUGAUCGGGGUGAGCGUCGAUUUGAGAAGCCGCUUCGGCGGGAGGUGGGGCGUCCUGGCUUUGAAGAGACUGGAGUUCCCGUGGUUCCAGGGCGGAAGGAUUUCACAAGGGCUGAUAGCGACAACUGGCGCAUCCUCCGGGAGGAACAGGAGGAGGAGGAGGGGGAGCCAGGAACCAACUGGAGACUUGCAGGAGUCCGCAGGGAUGAUGGUGCUCCUCGCUCAGCAGGCUGGCGGGAACAUCCUGGUCCAGGUGAGAGUCGUCGGAGGAAGUUUGAUUUCGAUUUCCGGGACUCUGAGGGCCACGGUGGUGGUGGUGGCCGCCGGCGUGCAGGCAGUGAGGGACUAGAGGGUGACAGGGACGGCCUGCCUGAGUGGUGCACAGACGACGAGGACGGGGAGAUGGGCACGUUUGACUCCUCUGGAGCUUUCAUGACUAUGAAGAAGGGCGGCAAGGACCUAAUCCUGGAGGAGGAGUUCGAGUUUAGGGGGAUUGAAGAGGAGGAUGAAGAGGAGAACUUCGCUGACAUGGAGAGAAGCAGUGCUGAAGAAGACAAGGAGAGUAAAGAAGCUGGCUCUGCUGUAGGGGAUGGCGAGACAAAGCCAGCAUCACCCUCCUCCUCUCCUCCAGCACUCCGACACUGUCCCCCUCCAUCCCUGGAGCCCCGGCCCAGCAACGCUUUCCCAGUAAUGGACAAUCCUCAGCUCAACAACAGCCACCCUGUAAAGGCCAGCAGCAUGACCAAUGAAGACAUGGCUCCAGUAGGGUUCUCCAAGGCCCAGCUGAGCCCCAGAGCCCCCACCUCCUCACGUCUGCCUCCUCCACCCACUUCCUCUGCUGCUCCUUUCCUCCCUCCACCUGGAGGAGACGCAGAGGACGAUGAGGGCAUGAAGCACCUGCAGCAGGAGGCAGAGAAGAUGGUGGCAUCACUGCAGGACACUUCUUUAGAGGAGGAGUGUUUCACCCAGGCUCUGCAGCAUCAGCAGGACAGCAGGAACACAGCAGCCGCUCUUCCGCUGUCACAUGAAGCCGCCAUGAAGUGGUUCUACAAGGACCCACAGGGAGAGAUCCAGGGUCCAUUCACCACAGUGGAGAUGUGCGAGUGGUUCCAGGCUGGCUACUUCACCAUGACCCUGCUGGUAAAGCGGGGCUGCGAUGAGGGCUUCCAACCCCUGGGGGAUGUCAUUAAAAUGUGGGGCCGCGUGCCCUUCGCCCCAGGGCCCUCCCCUCCGCCCCUGCUGGUGAGACAGCCACCACCGACGCAGCGCCCGCAGCCCAACCGUGGUUCCGCCGGGACUGUGAGUCAGAGCUCAGCCAACGUAGAAGAUGGGGAGGGAAGGAUGCAGAGGAGGGGGAAGAUUGAUAGACAGGUUACGGGAAACCUGGACCAGGACCGCCUGAAAAAGCAACAGGAGCUGGCGGCAGCGGCUCUUUAUCAGCAGCUCCAACAGCAGCAGCUAUUCCAGCUCAUUAACAGAUGCAGUGAGCAGGGGAUAAUGCCUUCGAUGAACAGGUCGAUGUCAGUGCCAGAUACAGGGUCCAUGUGGGACAUGCAUACCUCAGCUUCACAGCCGUCAGGCGGUGAAGCCAGUCUUUGGGACAUAACAAUGAAUCCUUCUACUCAGGGUCCAACUCUCGAACAGCUUCAAAAGCUCCAGCAGGAGAGGCGAGACGCUGAACUCAGGGCAAAGCGUGAGGAGGAGGAGCAGCGUAAGAGGAGGGAGGAGAAGAGGAGGCUACAGGAGGAGCAGAAGAGGAGGGAGGAAGAGGAGCUUUUCAGACGCAAGCAGUGUCGUCAGCAGCAGGAACUGAUCAUGAAGUUGCUGCAGCAGACCCCCCAGCAGCAGGGUCCCGGGGCGGGCAGCUCAAGCUGGAGCGGGGCUCCCUCCUCAGGGCUUUCCAAGGCAGGAAAGCCCCCGGCUCUGGCUCUGCUGGAAAUGCAGCAGGAGGCAGAGAGGCUCCUGAAGCAGCAGCAGCAACAGAGAGCGCAGCAGCAGAGAGACCGCCACUCUGGCAUGUCGAUGGGGAGCUCCUCCAUGGGAGGGCAGUGGGCGGAUGGUGUUGGCAUGUGGGGCGGGCCUGGAGGUAUGGAGGGUAAGAGUGGAAGCUCUUCAGGCAGCAUGGGCAUGUGGGACGAGGCUGUGAAGAACCAAACCGGCCUGCGUGGCAACAGCAGCAACAACAACAUGGGUUUGAAGAACAGCCGAAGCAGCCCUUCACUGAGUGAUCAGUAUAUGAUGCGUCGUAAGCGGACAGAGGAUGAGGAGAAGCUGCUGAAGCUGCUGCAGGGCAUGAAGCCUCAGGACGGCUUCACUACCUGGUGUGAACAGAUGCUGCACGCUCUCAACACCUCUGCCAACAACUCCUCCUCCUCUCUGGAUGUUGCCACCAUUGUGGCCUACCUGAAGGAGGUGGAGUCUCCCUAUGCAGUACUGGACUUCAUCCGGUCCUACCUAGGAGACACAGUGGAAGCCAAAGAGUUCGCCAAACAGUUUCUGGAGCGACGUGCCAAACAGAAAGCCAACCAACAGAGACAGCAGCAGCAGUUAUCAAAGGAAGUGGCUGGAUUGAACAUGAACUUCCCUCUGCAGGACUCAAUGCGAGGUAUGAAUCCAAGCACCCUGCAGUCCAUGUUUCAAGCCAAUCACAUGGGCAAGUCUGGUCUCUAUGACAACCAGGGAGGGAAGAUGAAGAAGAAACAGCCCAUGAUGCUGCACUCUGACCCCAGCAUCUUAGGGUACUCAUUCCACAACGCGGGCGAGUGUCUGAGCCUGAAUGAGAUGGAGAUGGUGGAGGAUUACUGAUGUGACGCAGCGCAGCAGCAAUAGCUACCUGAGGCCUUCUGUCUUUUAAUCAGACAAACCUGAUGACGAAUGUGCACUGCUGGGGGAACCGGGGUGGGGAGGGGGGGGGAUAGGAAGGGAGCAAGCGUGAGGGGGGGGGGGGAGCAGGGUGGAGGCGCCUGGAUCUGCGCCUCCCACUCUUUCCUUCCCUUUGGCAAGAACAAAAAGGGCUCCCUGCUGCACCAGUUGAUCACUUGAGCAGGGGAGAGGGGGGGGGUGAUGUUAAAAGGAAGAUGGGUAUCCUCUGGCACUCAAAAGAUUAAGCACCUUAUACUGAACUAAUGCACUUUAUUGAGAUGGGAUUUGAAUAGUUUUUUUUCAUGUGUGUGUGAAUGUGUGUGUGUGUGUGUGUUGGGAAUCGGUGCGCAUACGAUAUGUGAACAGACACAUUACCUGUGUGCGUGUGCAUGUGCAUCAGAACUGGAAGGGUGCGGUGAAACAGUCGGUGGGGUGAAUGGUUGGGCUAUUAGGUUUUCAAAGUCAGGGGGACCUUUAGUUGAAACCUUUAUCAGAGAGCAAAUCCUUUCUCGAAAGACAAACACUGUUGAUAUUUCUCUUGUUUAGCAUUUUUUUUACGUUUAUAUAAAAAGUAAAGCUAUUGAAAAAUGGAUUAUAAAAAAACUUGAAGAUUUGCACUUGCCUAAAAAAGAAAUAACAAAAAAAAAAAAAAAAUCAAACAAAUGGGGGUUAGUGAUAGAAGUGAAUAUUUUUGUGAAUGUUGGAAUGACUGCGAGAGUGACUGAUGUGUGAUGGUUGGUUUGUGUCAGUAAUAUACCAGUCUGCACAAUGUUCUUUUUGGUUUUUUUUCAUUCUUUUGUUGCUUACCAAGAUGUAUGAAACAUAAGAGGCCAUUUUUGUCUUUUUUUGUUCAAAUGGUAAUUUUGUAUUCUCAUGUUUAGAGAGUGUGUAUGUGUCCCUUCUCCAAAAGGGGACUUGAUCUGCGUGUUUUUGAGAGAGUUGAAUGAAUGAAUGAGACAGAGAGAGAGAGAGAGAGAGAGAGAGAGAGAGAGAGAGAGGGCAAUUGCACAACACAUCCUUUCUCUCACCAGCUCUUCAUCCCCAGAUAGACUAAAUAGAAAUGCAUACAUUUGUAAAUUUUAGCUUUGCGCUCUUCACAUGAUGACACCACUAGUUUAUUUCCCUUCGUCUCUUCCCACGGGGAGCUGUCUCUAGACCUGUGAGGACUAGCAGGCAGGGCAAAUCAUGAGGGACAUUACUGUGUGUGUGUGCAUCAGAAUGAGACUUUGUAUGUAUGUGUGCGUUUUCAGUGUGCAUGUUCAUUUACUGUUCAUAGAAAUGAGUUAUGACUACAGGUACUCAUUUUGAAUACAUGUGCUUUUUUGUAUGUGUAUGAAUGCACAUUUGUGCCUAAGAACUUGGAUAGGGUGCGUGGCCAUUGAGACAUUAACUCUUUUUUGAGAGUGAGUGCGGUGUGUGUCAGUGCUCAGCACAGUGUAUGUAAAGUAUGUAAGUUUAUAUCGUAAAUAUUUCUAGUUCAGUCUAGGGGUGAUCCAUCGGAAGGUUAGUCCAGUCUGUUUUCCUGGGGGUGUGAUCACGUUGCCUUUUGUCAGCUCUCGAACUUGUGAAUGAAAGGUGUCGAGUUUCUGACUCUGAAAAAAAAAAACAGCAUCUUAAUGUGCAAGUGCACAGAACGGUGCAUGAAAUGUUAGCAUAUUGUGUUACUUAUUCGUUGUUGCAAUUUGGUAAUGACGAGUUUUCUUUUUUUAAUGAAAAAUAUAUAUGAAUAUAUACAUUAUAUACAAAGUUUAAAAAGUAUUUGGACUAAGAUAAUGAGCACUUGGGGCUGCUAUUUUUGUUGUGUGUUCUAAUUUUUUUCCUUAAUUUGUUUUUCAUUUUUGUUUCAUUAUCGCCAUGUGAAGUGUGUGUGCGUAUUAUUUCUUAAGAAAAUAUUGAAUGUAUUCCAAAAAAAUGACAAGAAACCCGUGCUGAUACCAGACUUUUAUUUUUCCUCAGAAGAUUUCAAAAAUGGAAACAAAAUACAAAAAAGCUUCAAAGAGUUUAGCGAGAACUUUUUUUUUUUUUUUUUUUUUUACUUACACAGUGGAGAAGAAGAAAAAAAAAAACAUGGGAUGGAUACAGUUGAACACACUGCCUCUACAAUCCUGGUCGUACAAAUAGUGACUAAGAAUUAAAAGACUCUUUCUAUUCCAUACUGGAGCUUUGGUUGUUUACAAACCACAUGGAUAUCUGUGGGUGCAGUUUUUUGUUAUUUGUUUUAAUUUGUUUUUCUUUUUUUUGUUCCCACAUAAAACGGGUGGGGUUUGCAAGUGCGCUUCUGCCAUAUGGACACUGAGUGGUGUUGGGUUUUUUUUUUUUUAAGGGAGAGUGGCAGGUAUCACAAGAACAUGGACAAGAUCCUCUAACUGUACCUUUUUGUGUGUGCCGUCAUGGAUCCUGAGACUUGAUGAUCAACCGUGGAGCGGAGGCAGGAAAAUCAGGCAUGGGCUCUGUUUGGUGGAGAACGGAGUGCAGACCCUAGAGGGAACUGAGAAGGCGAUAUGUGUACACCUGGUUCGUGCGCUUGUCUUCACCUCAACUCUUCACAAGCACUCACACCCUGCCCUCACCAACUCACCUAUGCACUUUUGUUCAUUCAAGCUGUGAGGUACCAUUUUGGGGAUGGGAGCACAAUUUCAACAGGAGGAUUGCUACGACUUUGACAAAGUCACUGAAAAGAUAUUCCCAAAACUGAAAUAAGAGACUUGAGAAGCACGUCUUCUCCGACCUCCUGUAUAUAACCAUAUUUUUGUAUUAUCUUUCCGAGUAGAAAGAAACUUUGCAAAUGGAUGAAGGAAAAUUCAUGAGACUAUAUGGAGUGAAUGUUCUUCAAGGAAAACCAAUCUUUUUGAAUAUAGUUUUGAGAUAGACUCGCUGUGAGUUUCCCUUAGUUUGCCAGUAACCCUGAACUAAUCGGGGAUGGAAGGGGAAUAAAAAACAGGGACUGAGUUGUUGGACAUGCUAAAGUGGCUCCGAGACUGAUUGAGAGUUACUUAUCAAAAUGGAUGCUGCAGUUGCUACGGAAAAAGUCCCGCCAAGAGUGUUUGAUCAACAUGCACAGUAAAGAGGCAGACGCGGGUUUGAAGAGCUGUUCCCAACCCGCUGACUGCCUAGAGAGCUGUAGAGUGUCAGCAGGAGGAAAAAUAUUUGGCAAUGGAGUCUGGCUGUGCUUUAUUUGCUGCCCUCUGCAAGGAGGAUCUAAUCUACAGCCAUCCCUAAACCUUUGAACUCAAACCCUAAGCAACUUUUCUGUCUUGACCUCGGACUGGGCUGGCCAUUGGCAUUAUCAGUUGGACAGUUACCAGAUGAAGUUACAGGUUUAUCGACCAUGGAUCCCAUCUGUGUUGGAAGUGUUAGGUCUGCAUUUGAUCAGGCGUUCUUCCGCGAGGAAGAGAAGAAAGUGGCACGUAUCGCCCAGAUGUCAUCGCCGACCUCGGCCUGAAACUCUCAGGUGGUUGCGUGGAGGUCUUCUAAGCAGCGGGAAACGAGACCUGCCCACACGUCAGAGACCGAGCUGGAUUUAGUUUCGAUGCACGUUGCUGGAUUACAUCAAAGUCACCAGGAAUCCCCGCGGCUGUGGAACUGGAUGAACUGAAAGAAUUGUACAAAACAAAAAGACUUGGAAACAUGACAAAAACACAAACGAGUAGCUACAUGUCACAUAGAUUCUAGAGUUCAAAGCCAUUGCAGACACACUACAUGCACACCUAUAGCAAACGCAACAUACACACAGUUACAGUGGCUCUCCUCUGGAGCCACGUCCGCACACAUCAAUAUCAAAUCCUACAGAUACACACCAGAAUCGUUGCUCAUCAAUAUAAACGCUGAGCUUUGUAAAUAAUGUAAAAGUUUGUGUUUUGAUUUUUCUCCCAUAGUGGUUUUGCUUUAUUUCUCUGUUCAACAUGCCUUAAAUUGUAUAGUUCAGUCCUGAAUGGCUAACUGAAAAUGUUCUGUAAAUGAUAAAUUUAAGUUGGAAACCACCUCUUUAACUGUCCUCUAAAGACAGACAGUUGGUAAACAGGACAGUCUGCUCUGUGUUAAUUUGAUACAUGUACAUCUGAUCACCAUGAAAGUUACUAUUUAGCUAAAGAAUAGAGCAGCAAGCGGUCUUUGAUUAAUCUGAUUUUGCUGGUGGUUAGCUUUUGUUGCCCUUUUGGUUUCCUUAAAAAUGAAGAGUGGAUUUGUUCAGAUUUCCUGUUUAGCUAAUGGUUGAAGGUGCAGGCUUAAUAAAGGGCUGAAGUCUGUACUGUGUGGAGCUGAGCUGAAAGGGUGCGAUGCACAGAAUUGGCUUAAAGCACAGACUUGUUGCUGUGUGAGCGAUAACUAUUGUUGGAUAUACUGCUCGAGACUAAACUGAACCAGAGUGACAGGUCGUCCGAAUUGAGAUACAUGUGGGGGCUUUUUUGGUAAAUGUUUUACACUCCGCAAGACUCGAAUGUUCUGGAAGCAACUAGGUACUUUUUACAUGUGUCUUGUGAGAAGCAUGAUUGUAAGAGCAAGCUAGCAUGAUUUGUAAUAUUUGUGGGUUUGGACACUAACCCUCGAUGUGGGUCACAAUUGGGCCCAGAUUGCCGCGGCUUUGUCUGUCCUGCUGACCAUCUCCGAAUGCACUGAAUAGUUAAGGAAUUGACCAGUAGGUUGUGUGUUAUCUGAAAGGAAAUUCUAUGUCCUGAAAAUGUGGAAAGUGUCUUGUUCCGUGUGUCUAUAUCUAAUUGGAUUUGAGAGAGUAAUGCUUUUAGUCAACCAGUAGUUUUUUUGUAUCCUUGAUAUCUAAACAAUAUGCAGUUUUUAAUCCAAAUGGCAACUGAUAUUCAUUGAAUACCUUCAGCUUAGACUUGUAAUACACUUGUACAUUUGUUUAGCUGACAUUCUGGUGGAUAAGAUACCUGCUAAAGAUAACUGUCUAAACUGAAGUAGCCACAGGAGGCUCCAGGUCGUAACUUGAAUUGAUACUUAAUGGUUACUAAGUUUAAUGUUGCUGUAUCAGUUGCCAAAACAAAAUUGACUUUAACCAUACGAGUGUUUGACAUUUUUAAAUGCUGAUAUUGUGUGGAAUUAGUUAUUUGUCAGUCAGCCUGCCUUUAUAGAGUAAAACCAAGUUGUUUGCAGUUUAUUUUACUGCACUACAUGUGCUUUUAUGAUUAGACAAACUGCAAUAUUGUGGUGUCAAAAAGCCCAGGAUGUUUGGUUGCAGCCUUUGAAAAGAUGUUGUCACGGCCUGUCCACUUAAAAUGGUAUGAAGUCUGGUUUGUUUUAGCUCUGGUCACUGUAGUUCCAACAAUAUUGUUCUAAAAGAUUUAUUGAAAGUUCUAUCCCAGUCAGCUCAGCUCCUUUGCAUAAUAAGUCUUUGAAUGUUGUUGAAAUAACAGCAUACAUGUAAUGAAACUCUUUUGGAAAAGAACAACUGAAAGAUGUGUAAAUAGUUUGGCUUUUGUUUGUUUGAAGAACAAAAUAAAUACUAAAUAAAUAGCA